UCCAGGCGGGAUUGGAUUCAUUGGUUUGCAUGCGACCCCUCCGAGCAGACCCGCGUCGGAAUAUUCUUCGAAAGGCUCCAGGACGGACUCGCGAAUGUUUAUGUUCGCUUGAACGUCAAACAACGUUUCCUGGUCCUGCCGCAGACUCUCUUGAAGGACAACAGUGAGGGUCACGUGUAUAGCGCGGGUGGAAUCCGCUUGGAAUGCACUUCACCCAUGAGGGGUUGGCGCCUGGCAUUGAAUCUUAUUAUGCAAGAGCCCGAGGGAUUGGGUGAGGUUCAUGUCCGUUUCGGGGCCCAGGUCGCCAUGACUGGUCACACGUUCGAGCUGCCGAAGCAAGUUCGGGCGUCUCUCUUGGCUCGACGCUUCCUCGGAGAAGGAAACGUCGAGGCCGCUAAGAAUGAAAUUCUCAAGUGUUGCGACGAAUGCCAAGCUAUUAUGCAGCCCCAUUCCCUCUACGCUGAAAUUAUCGUCGAAGGCGAAAGACAGGAAGUUCUGCUCUUCGGGUCCCGCCUGAAGUUCUUCGGCACGUCAAACUUCCUGCAAGAUCUCGCGAUCUACAUCGGUUACGCCGAG